CUCCCCGCUUUCCCUCCUCCUUUUCUUCCGCUUCUCUGUAACCAGCAGCUUUCUCGGCAGCUUCACCUCCUCCCCUCAUGGAUCGGCUCCUUCCCCAGCACUGAAGGCAUCCUUAGGAAUACACAUCAACAUCCAGGAAAAUAAAAAGAGGGAGAGAAGAAGUCUGCAGAGUUCAUGAGGAGAACUUUGGGUUCCAGUGUUGGCUGAAACACGAUGCCCACCUCCAUCCUUUGCUCUGGAAAGUUGUAAGUUGCUCAUGUCUAUAAAGAGGAAGCAUGGCUCAUGGAAUUCCUUCACAAGGCAAAGUUACUAUUUCAGUGGAUGAAUACAGCUCAAAUCCAACCCAGGCCUUCACACACUACAACAUUAACCAGAGCAGGUUCCAGCCUCCACAUGUACACAUGGUCGACCCUAUUCCAUACGACACCCCGAAGCCAGCAGGCCACACACGGUUUGUCUGCAUCUCAGACACACACUCCAGAACAGAUGGAAUCCAGAUGCCUUAUGGGGACAUCUUGCUUCAUACAGGCGAUUUCACUGAGUUGGGGCUGCCGUCUGAGGUUAAGAAGUUUAAUGACUGGUUAGGAAACUUGCCAUAUGAAUAUAAAAUAGUGAUUGCUGGGAAUCAUGAACUGACAUUUGAUAAAGAAUUCAUGGCAGACCUUGUUAAACAGGAUUACUACCGCUUUCCCUCUGUGUCCAAAUUGAAACCAGAGGACUUUGACAAUGUUCAAUCACUUCUGACAAACAGUAUUUACUUGCAAGACUCUGAGGUAACGGUGAAAGGAUUCCGAAUAUAUGGUGCCCCUUGGACACCGUGGUUUAAUGGAUGGGGCUUUAACCUACCCAGAGGUCAGUCUUUGUUGGACAAGUGGAACCUUAUUCCUGAAGGCAUUGAUAUAUUAAUGACUCACGGACCUCCUCUUGGUUUUCGAGACUGGGUUCCAAAGGAGCUACAAAGAGUUGGCUGUGUGGAACUGUUAAACACAGUGCAAAGGCGAGUCAGACCCAAGCUCCAUGUCUUCGGUGGAAUCCAUGAAGGUUACGGCAUUAUGACAGACGGUUACACAACGUACAUUAAUGCCUCAACAUGUACAGUCAGCUUUCAACCCACCAACCCACCAAUUAUAUUUGACCUUCCAACCCCACAAGGAUCAUGAAGUUCUACUGCAUUGGGAGAAGGUCUAUAAACUGCCAUUUUUCUAAUUAAAAAACAUCCAUUCUCUUAACAUGUUUCUUUACAAAUAAUGUGGGGCUUUUUUGUAAAUUGUUGGUACAAAAGGAAAAAAAAAGAUAGAGGUUGUGCUUUUUUGGAAAUGCAGCAUCCAUUUGAAAUCAAUAAAGCAUUGUGAAUUUGUAAAAUGAAGUUUUAUGUUUUCUUAAUUAACUUGCCAUUGUAAAUUGUUAAGUGUUCUCAAAAGGACAGCCAAGCUUUCUUUUAAUGAGUGAGACACCUUAUUUUAAUAUUAUUAAAUAAGAUUUAAAAAGGCAGCAUUUUUUUUAAAAAAAGACCCAAAUUUGCACAACUGUUAUUGUUUGAUUUUUUUAAAAAAAUAUUUCUAGUAAUAAAAUGUCACCCUCUCCUUUCCCCCCAUCUUUAUUAUAAUACGUAUGCACCCUGACCCAGAGUUUUGUGUAUGUUCUUGCACAAAUGUGUUCCGCAAUCCAGUACAGAGUGUGAGAUGUGAUUAUGCCUAUUGAAAAGAAAUGGGCUUAAUUAAGCAUGUCUAACUCAGUUUUGGAUUGUGGUCAUGGGGCUGUAAAAUAGGAGGAGUCACUAUUCCUUUCAGUUGACAUUAAUACUUCGGUAUGUGACUCAGCUCCCUCUAUUGAAAAGAAUGGAGAAGCCAUUCUUGGUCUGGAAGACUUUCAGGCUUAUCAGAACUCCUGUGCCCACUGCAGAUCACUCUUGCCUAUUAAUGGGAAUGCAUCAGUGAGGGGAAAAUAGCCUUUUAGGUUUAGUUUUGUCUCUGCCUGCUUUAACGACCAAUUAGAUAGCAGCAUCUUGUAUGUAAUUAUCUAAAUUG